AUGGUCCUCACGCAGGACUGGCUCAUGAAGCACGCGUUGCCGCGGAAUGACCUCUUCCUUGCCAAAAGGGUCCUGAUGGACAGAGCUGACCUCACAGCCUGUGACAAGCAAGGCAACAGUGUGCUCGCUGUGGCUGUAGAGCACCAGUGCUCAAGGGAGAUGGUGGAGCUACUCCUGGAACGUGGCUGCCCAAGAUCGUCGAAGGGACCCCUCGGCCCGCCACUUGCGAUUGCAGCCAGAAGUGGCAGGCUUGAGGUUGUUCGAGCGCUUUUGGACUACGGCUGCGACCCUUGUGAAAUUGAGGCUGGCAAGUUGCCUGAAGCGGCAAAGGUCUUGCUGGGCUACCUGGUUCCUCGCACGGAGGCAGUCCUCCGGAGGAGCUCAGGUCGCAGGACCGGUUCCCUGACGCUGCGUCGCCUGCGCCGUGAGUUGGCCGUGAACGCGCUCCUCCCUCUGGCAAGCGCCGUGCUGCCUUCGCUCACCUCGCUGCAGGGUGGCCAGAGGAACCUCGAUGCUCAGUUGGUGCAGGUUCUCGUGCUCGGCUGUGAGCAUGCUGCUCCAUUGCCCAGUGAAGCCUUGGAGAGCUUGGUGCGAGUGUGCCGUAGUUUGCUCAUGUCCUUUGAUUCUUCCUCGAUAAAUUUGGGCCUGCGCCUUGCCAGCUGCCUUUGCGAGGCUGGCAAGGAUACCAUGGACAAGUUGCGUAGGUACGGCAUCUUGAAGAUGCUGCCUGGACUUGCUGCAACGCCGGAGCUGCACCAGCCGCCACGGCCGCAGCACAUACGCCAAGCAGCGGCAUCGAUCCUCAGCCGCUGGUCAGAUGAGAUGGCACAGUCGGGACCCACUCCAUGCUUGGCCAGUGCUGAGCGGUGGCAAGAGCUUUGCCACCUCACGCCGAGCGAGCUCAUCAGCCUAAAGGUGCCUCAGAGGCUUUUGCGAGAUGCGGAGUUCCGCAAUGCCAUGCCAAAGGAGCUGGCAGCAAUGUCGUUGAAGAAGAAGAAACGUUUUCAGUUCACGUGUACCGUGAACGGCAAGAUGUUAGCUGCCACCACUUCCGAAGGGGCCACAAAAGAUGUGGCUCAUGGCGGGCAAUACGUGCAAGCCGAACCCUUGGUGACGAUGGGAAGUCUUGCUCGCCUGCUGCUCGUUGCUGGAGGAUUUCUGGGCAUGGAGGACAUGGCAAUCUCGCCAGGGAGAGAGUUUAGCAAAGUCACGGAGGCAAGCCUCCGGUUUUGCGUGCGGCUCGUCGGUUGCAAAGUCUUCCAGGGCAACAGCAUGUACCAUGUGGAGGGUGACAACGGCCUCGUUCCACAUGUUCUCGCUCUUGGCGAGUGGAGGUUCGAGGAUUUGGAGGAGUGUAGUGGCGCAUCGAACUUUUCAAUCGAGCGCAAUGAGGACGUGCAGGGCUUGGUAAGCGAUUACAAGGAAGCCCCGGCUGAGGUUUGGAAGGCUUCGACUGUACAGUCUGAGCCCGACGAUGAGGCAUUGUACUUGGAACUUCUCAGAAUUGAGGCGAAGGCUAAUGUGCGCCCCACGCUUGCGAGCCUUUGCGAGCAAUGCUGUGUGGCCGUUGUGUCCGCGGAGGACAACGAAAUUGUUGAUGCUAUCGCGCAGUCUGUCGAUGGCAUGCUCGUGCACGAAGCGGCAGUCACGCUGCUCAAGCAGUUUGGCUGGCGCCAGAGAGACAUGGAAGAGCAAGAAGAUGCUUCCUUCACGCUGUGGGACCCGCCAGACGUAGCGCCAGUCCUCCCAGCUUUCUUUCACUUGGCAAUACAGCCACCUCCGCCAGAUCCGCCAGGCAUGGCAGAUUCCGUAUGGUCCGUUAUCAUCUCAUUUGAUGCCGAGCUGCCUUUUGAAUUGGUGUGGCAGUCAGUGGAGCUGGACGUGAAGAACGCGUUCACAAGUGUCUCCAACAAGUGGUCUGAGAUAGGCUGGCCUGGCGGAGAACAAGAAAUGCUGGAAGUCGUGCACAAGGCUGUGGCUGCAAAAGGCGAAGCUGCAGUUGCUCGAGGGCUUACACACAGCUCAGCAUCGCGCAUUGCCGAUCGGCUCAUGGCUGCUGUUGCCUGCCGGGUGGUUGCGGAACCAGAGGCAACAGGUGGGCAAGGCUCGGCCGGCCGCGGCAAGGGCAGCGCAAAAAGCGCUCUGCGAGACCUGGUGGAGAUCAAGAUACAAGACGCAUGGAUGCCAGCCGUUGUGGUGCAAGAAGCCCCUUCUUUGUAUGUAUCCCUGGCGACUGGAGCUUUGGCCACUGGAAAGCACCGCAAUAUGCCUGGCUUUGAGGGGCCGCUGCCUCAGUUGUUUGCCAACAGGCCCAGGCUGUAUCCCGUCCCGCCGGUGGAGCCACAAGUCCAGACACGUGCGGACCUGCAGGCGCUAGAGCGGGGUGCAGAAUCGUCGCGGAUCACUCGCCGCUUCAAUGUGGACGAGUGCUCAUCGGGCAAUGACGAGCCACCUGUGCCUAUCUUGACGCGGGGAGCCUGGCUGCCCAAGCCGACCCUGGCCUAUGAGCUAGGUGGAAGCUCAAGCAGCACUUCCCCCACCGUCAGUCUUCUUCGGGGAAAAGAUGUGCGAGUUGAAGGGUGUUCCUGGGUCUCUACAUCGUGGACGACGGUUGGCCUUCCAGAGCUGAACAGCAGUGGGAAGGUGUACUACGAGCUUCACAUCGAGUCACACGACAUGCCGCAAAUCGGCUGGGCAUCCGAAAAGUUUCGUUUCUUUGGAGACACAUGGCUCUACGGUGUGGGUGACGACCUGGAAAGUUGGGGCGUGGAUG